ACAAAAAAACACAAAACCAGCAGCUCCAACUCAUGCCCCUUACACUUUGAACUCAAGAAAUUAAAAGAAUCGGUUCUAUCGACGAGGGCGUUACAGAGUUCAGAAGGAAGGCGCUGAAAAUUCCCUGGGCGAGAAUGAAGAUUUCAUAAAGUAUCGAAGGCAAUCGUAAUUUUUUUUUAAGCUCUGCACCAUUUUGAACAGGGUUUCGUGCAGACUCUGUCCAUAAUUUCUCAUUGGCAUCUUUGACAGCUCAGCAAAAUUUGUGCAGAAUCUUGAGAUUGGUAUAAAUUCAAAUCGGCAUCAUGCUUUCCUUCGAGAUGAAUGACCGCAAAAAAAUCGGGAUGGGCCUAACAGGCUUUGGUGUUUUGUUCUUUUUCUUGGGAAUUAUCUUCUUCUUUGAUAAGGGUCUCCUGGCAAUGGGAAAUAUCCUCUUCCUUGCAGGCGUUAUGUUAACAAUUGGUGUGAAGUCAACAGUACAAUUCUUUAUGAAACGCAGCCAUUACAAGGGAUCCAUUGCUUUUGUGAUUGGAUUUUUCUUUGUUCUCAUUGGAUGGCCUGUCAUUGGGAUGAUAUUGGAAAUCUAUGGCUUUAUUUUUCUCUUCAGUGGUUUCUGGCCUACUUUUGUGGUAUUCUUGAACAGGAUUCCUUUACUCGGUUGGGUAUUCCAACUACCAUUCAUUAAAUCGCUAUUUGGCUCAAGGCAGAGAAGGGUGCCAGUGUAACUUGAUAUGUUGAAUCAUGUGUGGUUUGGUAAGGAGAAAAGACACUAAAGAAUUACACAUGGUUCUGUAAGGAUCAGGGAUAGUUGCUUCAUUAUCUUUAUCUGACUGAUUAAAAAUAUUAAUUUUUAGAUUUCUUCUCCAAGUUCCUUCUGGAAUCAAAAUGUGCAGUUGAGUAAAUAUUUCAUGGUUCAGAAUUCUGGAAGUUUUAUACAAGUUUAUAUUGUAUUAUAUGGUCUUUGUGCAGGAGGAAAUUGAUUUCUAAGAACUUGGUUAAAUGUUCCCGUGGAAUUGAUCAUAUCAACAGUGUGACUGAUUCAUCUGAGUUGUACUGUAAUCAUUGUUUCACAUACUGACAAUUCUAUAAAACGAAUUUAAAUCAGUUCGAAAUUUUGUAA